CUAACCACAACGAACGUAAGCGUUGUUUGUAGGAAGAAGAAGCCGAUUCUGGAAGCCAUUACGUUGCGCAGAUCAAUUGAGUAAAUCCUACUAUUUUACGUACAAUACGCACAAUUAUUUAAAAGAAACAGCAAUUUAUGCAAAUAUGGCAUCGAAUGGCAAAAAGAGAAAAAUGAAUUUUUCGGAGAGAGAGGUCGAAAUUAUUGUGGAGGAAAUUGAGAAACAAAAGCACAUACUCGUUAACCACUUCAAUGCGGGAGUCACUCACAUAGCAAAGAAUAACGCGUGGAUAGAAAUCCUGAAGAAGGUGAACGCUGUAACAACCUGCCCAAGAGAAUUGGCCGAGGUCAAGAAGAAGUGGUCGGAUAUGAAGACCGAGGUGAGGCGCAAAGUGGCACAGGCGAGGGCGGCAAUUGAGGAGACCACUACCGACUGCACUCCGGUUCCCGUUAUCCUCACUGCUAUGCAGCAGCGUAUUUGUAACCUCUUGGGAGAGGCGACUAUCAUCAGUUUACCUGCUGGAGACCCAAAUGCUGAGAUAACUUUACCUGUUACUAUGAGCUCAGUCACCACCGUGACACUCACGGAAAGCCUUCAGACAGCUUCAGCAUCAUGCGAGGAGACGAAAUCCCUAGAUGCUGAGACCACGUACCACACCCUGGAGGAAGGCGGCAUGGUGGAGUACUGCACCACCACCGAGGCCACACCCACCGUGGUGACCGCCAUGGAGUCGCAUCCAGUGGAAAUGCUGACGGCAGUGUCUUCGACCCAACCGCCCAGCCAGGCCAAGCCCCAGGAGCUGAAGAGCCGCAUUGCCCUCAACUCGGCACGGCUCCUUCAGGAACAGCGGGUCACCAAUGUGCACGUGAGGCAGAUCGCUCAGCAUCUGGAGGGCCAGAACCAAUUAAUUCAGAUGAUCCGUAGGUCCCAGGAGGCGCAGGCCUACGCCCAGGAGAGGCAGGCCCAGGCCCUGGAGGGCACCCAUGCAGCCUUGCUGGCCCUGGUUCAGAUGAUGAGGCCGGCUCUCAAAGACCUGAGGAAGUUCCUGCAGAGCGGGACUGACAACUCCAACAACUCGGGGACUCCUGCAGAGGGCUCGCAAUAGAGGCCCAAGAUCCCGUUGCCACAGCCAGCCGAGAAUGAACAAUGUGUGUGUGUGUGUGUGUGUCAGAGAGAGAGUGUGUGUCAGAGAGAGAGUGUGUGUCAGAGAGAGAGUGUGUGUCAGA